AUGGCGCACAGCAACCUUCCGUCGCUGCUGCUACUGCCGUCGCCACCCGAGCCGGCCAGCCAGGCUGCUCUGGGCGCCGCGUAUCGGCCGCCGCUCGAGAUGGCCCUGGCCAAGACCAAGAGCGCCGCCCGGGCGACCACGCUCAUCGUCGCCGUCGCCUUUCCGUUCGUGGGCGGGCCCUCGCAAGACAGCAAGCGGUUCGCCUGGCCGGAUGCCCAGUCGCUUCUGGCCGGCCUGUACACAAUCGUGGCCGUGCUGUGCGAGAAGCUGCGCAUUGGAACCGACGUCGACGGCGGGCCUGGCUCGGUGGACACGCGCGUGGUGCUGCUGGACCACGACCGCGAGCGGCGGUUCCCCGAGUACAUGCCCAUCAUUGAGCCGAACAACACGGUGCUCGUGGACCUGCCCUCGUUCGCCUCGGCGUAUCACCCCUGGAACAAGAUUUUCUACCCGCAAAGCGAGGCCGGCCUGCACUUGAGCAACCAGUACCUCAAGUUUGCGCAGCUGGUGCACAAGACGACCGACGACCAGGUUGUUCCGGUGGACGGCGGCCUGACGCUGCGUGUUGGCGCCACCACGGCGAGGACGGGGACGUCGUCCGGCCUCACGUCGGGCACCAUCACACCGUCGCACAUUAUCCACAUCCCCACGCCCCUGCACAAGACGGUGUGCCUCGGCGGGACGUUUGACUACCUGCACCCGGGGCACAAGCUGCUCUUGACGGCCGGCGCGCUGCUGCUGGACGUUCCGCUGCCCAUGUCGAGCGGACCGUGCGAGUACAUCAUCGGCGUCACGGGCGACGAGCUGCUCAAGAACAAAAAGUUCGCCGAGUACGUGCAGCCGUGGGACGAGCGCGCGCGCAACGUCAUCAACUUCUUGGCGACCGUCUUGAACCUGUCACGCGACGGCUGGGAGGAGAAGAUUGGGCCCGAGAUCGACGAAAAGGACGGCACCUUCACGGCCACCUUCCGCAACGAGUCCAUUGUCGUGCAGUGUGUGCGCAUCCACGACGCGUUUGGGCCGACGGUGGAACGGCAGGACAUUACGAGCCUCGUGGUGUCGGGCGAGACGCGGUCGGGCGGCCGGGCCGUCAACGAGAAGCGCGCAGCGCGGGGCUGGCUACCGCUGGAGACGUUUGUGGUGGACGUGCUGAGUGCGGACGAGGCCGUGGCCGAGAUGGCCGCUGCGGCCGACGAGUCGGCGUCCGGAAGGGAAGCAACCGCUGCCGCCGAGAACUUUGACUCCAAGAUCAGCAGUACCGCUAUACGGCAGCAGAGAGCCGAGGCCGCCGCCGCCGCCGCCGUGAUCGCAACAACCACAGCGGCUGCAGUGGUGGCUACGGCAGAGACUACGGCGCAGACAGCAGCAUCACAGACCGCAUGA